GCUAUCCUUCUCCCAUCUUUCAACAGCCAAUCUAAGGCGCAAUAACCCCCAACGGACAAUUCUUUUUAUUUCCUCCCGAACUUUUCGAUCCUUCAUCCUCAAUCCAAUCUGCCGUUUUCAGUUCUCCCAGCGCUGUAACUCUCCCCUCCCCGUGCUAUCUCCAUCGCUCGGAUUUACGAUUCACGCAGCUUUCCCCCCCAUUUUUGUAUCCAAUUCAGUAUUCAAUCUGCAAUCGUCAUGGCUCAAGAAGGUGGCAACGACUCCUUAAAAUCUCCGUAUGAAGAAGCAUUGGAUGUAUUGUCGUCUUUAAUCACUGGACGCACUCGUGCUGAUAGUAGUAACAUGGGGGAUCGGUUCAACGUGCUGUUCGAGUACCUAAAGAUGCUGGAUUUGGAGGAGCCAAUUUCAAAUAUGAAAAUCAUACAUGUUGCUGGUACCAAAGGGAAGGGAUCUACAUGCACAUUCACAGAAUCUAUAUUACGUAACUGUGGUUUUCGCACCGGCCUCUUUACAUCUCCUCACCUCAUAGAUGUUCGUGAAAGAUUUCGUUUAGAUGGUGCGGAAAUAUGUGAAGAGAAAUUUUUAGCAUAUUUCUGGUGGUGUUAUGAUAGACUAAAGGAAAAAACUGAUGAAAAUGUUCCAAUGCCUACCUAUUUUCGCUUCCUUGCUUUGCUUGCCUUCAAGAUAUUUGCAGCAGAGCAGGUAGAUGUUGCUAUAAUGGAGGUUGGAUUAGGUGGUAAAUAUGAUGCAACAAAUGUGGUUCAAAAGCCCAUUGUGUGUGGCAUAACUUCUCUUGGGUAUGACCAUAUGGAGAUUCUUGGGAAUACUCUUGGAGAAAUUGCUGGUGAGAAGGCCGGUAUCUUCAAGGACCGGGUUCCAGCUUUUACUGUACCUCAGCCUGAUGAAGCCAUGCAUGUACUUGAAGAGAAGGCAUCACAACUCGACGUACCUCUUCAAGUAGCACAGCCUUUAGAUGCCAAGUUGUUAAACGGUUUAAGACUUGGACUUGAAGGUGAGCAUCAAUAUUUAAAUGCAGGUCUUGCCGUUUUACUAUGCUCUACAUGGCUGAAGAGGACUGGACAUCUUGAAGAUAGCUACUUGGAACACACUCAGCACUCAUUGCCAGAGCAGUUUGUAAAAGGAUUAACAACUGCAAAUUUACAAGGAAGGGCUCAAAUUGUUCCUGAUCAACACAUCAACAUUGAAAGCCAAAAUGAGCUUCUCUUCUUUUUAGAUGGGGCACAUAGUCCUGAAAGCUUAGAAGCAUGUGCAAGGUGGUUUUCGUUUGCUGUUAAAGAAGACAACCUGGACCAUACCUUGUUUCAUCGGAAGCCUGAUAAUUCAAAAUUUUCUAAUGAAUUAGUGAGUUUCCGUGAUGGUGAAAGAGCGAAGAGACAAUCCGCACAGAUAUUAUUGUUCAAUUGCUUGUCAGUGAGAGAUCCUCAGUUGCUCCUUCCUCGCCUGAUGCAAACAUGUGCUGAUAAUGGUGUGUUCUUCAAGAAGGCGCUUUUUGUACCAAGUUUAUCAGUGUAUUACAAAGUUGGAUCCCAUUCUUUAGCACCAACUGAAUCCAAUGUUGACCUAUCGUGGCAGUUCACUCUUCAGAAAGUGUGGGAAAAUCUCAUGCAAGUAAACAAAGGAAGUGAUGACAAGAGUGCAUAUGCUGUUUCUGAUGAAUUAAAAGAGGAUAUGGAAUUGAGUACCAGCAAUUGCGAACAUAGUGCAGUGUUUCCCUCGUUGCCGUUGGCUAUCAAGUGGCUGAGGGACAGAGUGCAGCAAAAUCAGUCUGUUCGUUUCCAGGUUCUGGUAACCGGUUCUUUACACCUUGUUGGCGAUGUCUUGAAAUUAAUCAAGAAGUGAUUUGUAGGUCUAAGUAAGUCGUAGUUUCCCUCAAGACGAGGCCCCCAUCGAGCUGUGCUAGUGUUCAUGACAGCAUACGCAGAUGAAAUGGACAUUUCUAUGCUAGUCUUCUCUGGCAUUACCAAUUCAUUCGACGCUAUUGGUUCUGGUAACUGCUAAGGGUACACAUGAGCUGCUUCCGUAUCAUCAUCAGUCUAAUGACAUUGUUUGGUGACCUUUCUCAAAUUUCUUACGGGUGCAAUUGAAAAGGAAAUUGUUGAUUCAGAUGCAUGAUAAGAAAUAAUUCAGUGAAGCGGGUUUUUCAACAUAGUUGACUCAAAUUUCAGCUCUGUGGAUGUCUGGAUAAUAUAGUUUGAGUUUUAGUUUUCGCUGUUGGCUUAGCAAUUUUUCUUUUUUUCAUUUUUGUUUUUAAGUGGACGCUUAAAUUGAAGAUUUAACGGUUCCUCCUUAAGAAUCUUUAUAUCUUUAGAAAUAACUAUUCCUUCGGUUCUAAA